GACUUUUAGUACUAUUUUUGUUGCAUUUUGUGUUAUUCAAAAUUCUUCAUCAUUUUGAUUUUGUUUUGUUAAUUUCAAUACAAGAACAUGAAUUCAUCGCGAAAAAUUAACUUUAGUACUACAGGAACUGAUCCAGACGAUAAUUUCAGUGUACCUGAAACCCUAUCUGUUUCAAUGACUUCAAAACUUUCAAAGAGAAAGUCGUCACCAGUUGCAUUUAAAUUGCCAGAAGAAGAACUUGAUGAAAAAUUCCCAAAUGCGAAAAAAUGUUCUAAUUUUCUCGACAUAACAAGUGUGUGUGAAGAAUUUGUCGGUGGAAUUUUACAAGCGGGAUUAAAAGAAGCUGAAGAUAUCUUAUUGAAUAGAAGUUUUACGAUACAACGAUCAACCCAAGAAGUAAAGUCUUCAUCAUCAAGUUCAAAUGAUUCGGCUGAUGCCCAUCUAAUCCAUCUUGAAUUUUCAGGAUGGCCCAAAAUUGAACAAUUUUCAAUUCGAUUAGGUCUUCAAAAACUCCAUGAAUUUAUGAAUUUUUGGAUGUAUGAAGAAGAUUGGCUUUUUGAUAUUGAAUAUAACAGCGGUUGGAGUGAUUUAGUUCAGGAUUAUUAUUUAUAUGAAAGCGUUUGGAGUAUUCCAACUAAAGAGUAUCCUGUUGCACAAGCCACAGCAAGUAUUUUCUUCACAUACGAAGUGUCCAGAAUUAAACCAAAAUGUUGCGCGGUUGAAAUUUAUUACACGUUUGAAGGGCAACUAACGAAAUUUGCUCCAACAAAAGAAACUAAUCCGGAAAAAUGUCUUUUCAGCAUCGUUGAUGCUAAACUAAAAUUUUUUGAAACUUUAAGGUUUUAAUCAAAAUUAAUUGGUUUUCUUUUUAAAUAAACGAAUCCUU